UGGAGGAUUGUUGUCAUGUUGAGAGAAGCUAGUCAGCGCAAUUUAUUAAUCAAGAUUUUCGUGAAAUUUGAACAAUGCAAAUACAUGCAAAACUAUAAUGAAAAGCCAAAAUAAUAUGAAAUCCAUAUUUACUAACUUUACAGAUAGAAAAUAGCUAAUUACCUAACCCUAGAUAAAGCAGGAAAAAAAACCAAGAAACAACCAUGACAAGCGAGGCAGCUAUUCACAAAAGGAACCUAGAAAGUUCUAUUCUUUUUAUGCAACAAGAACAUAGUGAUACACUUAAAGGAUUACAUGAGGAAAUUCAAAAUCUUCAAAAGAAAUGUACAGAUUUAACUUUCCAGUUAACAAUGCAUGGACUCAGUAUAGAAGAAUCAGAUGAUGUCAGCAGUAAAUUUAGUGAGUUGAAAAAUCAACUAGAUGAAAAAACAAGGUUUAUCAAAAUUCAAGAAACACAGUUAAGUGAAAAGGAUGCAAAAAUAAAAGACCUGGAACAAGCAGUAAAAGCUUACAAAAAGAAAUAUCUAGAUGAAGCAAGGCAACAAACUCAAAUAGUUAACACGUUAAAGGCAGACAUUGAAACGAAAUCAUGUACCGUGGCAUAUCUGACAUCAAAGUUGCAUCAGAUUAAAGUACAAUCUAAAGUGGAUCCAGUACCUGAGAACAUUAUACGUAGGACCGAUGCUGGUCGCAUUCCUGCACCUCCCAAAGAAAUGCUUUCCAAACCCAGAAGAAUUGCAAAUGUUCGCCGAAACCCAGCAGUUGCUGGUGCAGAAACUCUAUCCCUUCACCCAGUGAGACUUAGUUCAGCACGAAGUAGUAGUGGUUCUAAUCGCUCAAAUUCUCCAGAUAUUUCUUCUUUUCUCUCAAACCAAGGAGAAAAACUAUAUUCUCUACCCAAACCUUCCAUUCUCCCUCCAAUUACCACGAGUCAAGAAAAUUCUUCAGUUUUAGUUCACCAAGUUGUUCACCCUAAAAAAAUAUAUGGCCAUCAACCCAGUACAUCCGAAAUUGCAACACUAGCUGUUGAACAGUUACCACACAGAAGGAAAAGUUGGGGUAAUCCACAGGAAUCUCACAGCUCAGAAUAUAAAUAAUUACAAUAGAUGCCGGUAUCAUCUAUGCUGUAUGUGUGGUAUACGUAAUUGUUAUGUUUUUAUUAUGUUAUUAUUUACGUUCAACUGAUAUGAAAAUUCAUUCCAAAACCAGGCCUCAAGGACCAUAAAACUAUGAUACGCAUUGCUUGAGUUUGUUACUCACCUUAUGUUACGCUCCGAAUUACAAACUGCGUUGAUAAUGUAACAAAAUUAUUGUUACUUUUUGGAAUUGGUUUUUUAUACGCCCACAUUUUCAUGUGGACGUAUAUUGUCGUCGCCCCUGUCCGUCCGGACGUCCGUCCACAAUUUGUUUGUGGACUCUCUACAGGUCACAAUUCUUGUCCGAUUUUGACGAAACUUGAAAUAUAGCUUUAUCCCCAAAAAAUCUCGGCUGCUUUCGAUAUUGGCAUGUAUCGGAUCGAAACUUCAUGGAUUAUGGCCCCUGUUUGUACAAGGAAUCACGUUUUUAGCUUGUGGACCCUAUAGAGGUCACAAUUUUUAUCCGAUUUUGUUGAAACUUGAAAUGUAAGUUUAUAACCCAAAG